AUGAAGACCCUCAUUCUUCUGGCCCUCCUCGGCCUUGCUUCGGCUGCAGUCCACCAGCACAAGCUGUCAUGGAGACCAUCCAAGAAGAUGGAGAUGAUCCGCAAGGGAGAGUACGCUGCCUACCUCGAGUACCAGAGAAACCUCCGCACCGUCUCCCCGAACGUGCUCGCCAACCUUCCACAGAACGUCAACGACUUCGGAGACUUUGAGUACCUCGGAAACAUCACCAUUGGAACCCCAGACCAGAGCUUCAUCGUCGUUCUUGACACCGGAUCCUCCAACCUCUGGAUUCCAGGACCAACCUGCAAGUGAGUGCAGGUUUCUAAGUGACUAUAGUAGUGUUUGAUUUGCAGGACCAACUGCAAGACCAAGAGCAAGUUCGACUCCACCGCCUCCAGCACAUUCGUGACCAACGGACAGUCCUGGACCAUCCAGUACGGAUCUGGAGACGCCGCCGGAAUCCUCGGAGAGGACACCGUCAGAGUAAGUGCUUUAGAUCAACAACUCUGCCGAUCCCAUUCUUAUCUAUCGCAUUUCAGUUCGGAGCCGUCGGAGAGUCGCAACUCGCCGUCCCGUCCACCACCUUCGGAAUUGCCAGCAAGAUCUCCGCUGACUUCAAGAACGACGCCACAGACGGAAUCCUCGGACUCGCCUUCACCUCGCUCGCCGUCGACGGUGUCGUUCCACCACUUAUCAACGCCAUUAACCAGAACCUCCUCGACCAGCCACUCUUCACCGUCUGGCUCGAGCACAGAGGUUCCCUCAACAACGUCGGAGGAGGAGUCUUCACCUACGGAGCCGUCGACACGACCAACUGCGGAGCCGUCGUCGCCUACCAGGCCCUCUCGUCCGCCACCUAUUACCAGUUCAAGGCUGCCGGAUUCAAGCUCGGAUCUUACUCGAACACCAAGACCGUCGAGGUCAUCUCCGACACCGGAACCUCUUUCCUCGGAGGACCACAAGCUGUUGUUGCUGGACUCGCCAAGGCCGCCGGAGCCACCUACGACGACUUCAACGAGGUCUACUUCAUCGACUGCGCCGCCACGCCAGGAACCCUCGACAUCACCAUUGGAUCGAACACCUACUCCAUCCAGCCAGUCAACUACAUCGUUGACGCCGGAGACGGCCAGUGCCUCUUCGCCGCCUUCCCAUUCGACUUUGGAGGAUUCGGACCAUCCUGGAUUCUCGGAGACCCGUUCAUCCGCCAGUACUGCAACAUCUACGACAUUGGAAACAAGAGAAUGGGAUUCGCUCCGUCUCUCCAGAAGUAA